AAAUGAAAAACAUUACUUAAACUAAUAGAAUACAACGUUCAAUUUGACAUAUUUGGCGAAAAGGGCACACACUGUGUGCUGGUUGUGCGGGGCAGUCUACGAAUUUUGUGAGUUUCGUCAGCAGCCAAUAAAAUGCCAGGCAAGGUGGGCGUCAAAAUAAAGGCUGCGCGUAAUCUGCCAGUGAUGGACAAGAGCAGCGAGACAACCGACGCAUUUGUGGAAAUUAAGCUGGCUAAUAAGGAGCACAAAACCGAGGUAUUUCGGAAAAGUCUUAAUCCGACAUGGAACACCGAUUGGUUUCGCUUUGAGGUCGAUGACGCCGAGCUGCAGGACGAGCCACUGCAAAUACGUCUUAUGGACUAUGACACCUAUUCGGCAAAUGAUGCGAUUGGCAAGGUUAACAUAAGUCUUAAUCCGCUGUGCCUGGAGAGCUCUAGUCAGUCGGGCCAUGGUAAGGGCACCGUGCUCUCUGGCUGGAUACCCGUCUUCGACACAAUGCAUGGCAUACGCGGUGAAAUAAACGUUAUUGUCAAAGUAGAUCUGUUCUCCGAUGUCAACAAGUUCCGACAGAGCUCGUGUGGUAUUCCCUUCUUCCACUCACAAUGUGUUCCCUUUGGGUUUCGUGCGCAGGUCAUACAUGGCUUUGUCGAGGAGCUGGUCAUCAAUGAUGAUCCGGAAUAUCAAUGGAUUGACAAGAUACGUACACCGCGCGCUUCCAACGAGGCACGUCAGGUUGUUUUUCUCAAGCUGUCCGGUCAGGUGCAGCGAAAGAUGGGGUUGAAGGCCAUUAAUAUGGGCGCCAAUGCUGUCAUUGGUUAUACGCAAUGCUUUGACCUGGAGGGCGAUGUGGGCGUUGUCGCACGUGGCGUCGGCACAGCUGUAACACUGAUAAAAGACACCAGUAGCAGCCAGCCAACCAGCGCGGAUGUAGCACUAAUCGAAGACACACAUAGAACUCAAAAGUAUUUAGAUUUUCUAAACUGCACCGGCGGCAGCAGCGCUAGCCUGCCGCUGUCCGGCCGUUCGCCACAGUAUCGUCUUAAUAUAUAUAAACAGCCCAGUGUGAGUGCCAGAUCGGCGGCAGCAGCAGCAGCGGCGGCGGCAACGUUGUUCUAUUUGGAGAGCGGCAGCAGCGAUACGGAGGAUGGGGAUGUCAUGCAGAAUUUGUUGAGGCAGGAAGAUGAACGUGGGGAGCCGACGCGGGAGAAGAAGCUGCGACAUCGCAUGCACCGUUUGACAUUGUCCUCACGGAAUGUUUUCAGCGAGAAAUACGCCACGCUUUUGCGUCGCAUGGAGCCCAAGAUACCAGAGAAUGCCACUCAAUCACUAAGCAGUUUAUUUGGUGGAGCCGCACCAAGUAGCAAGCGUCAUCGCAAAUCACGCAACUCGAUGGGCAAGCGGUCAACGCAGGCAAUAACCCGUUCCAUAAGUGAUAAUACAGGCGCAGGGCCAACCAUGUGCCUACUAGCGGUUCCACAGCUGCCCGAGUAUCAAGAGAACACUCGCUCGGCACCGGAUCUGGAGAUGGAUCUAUUUCAGCGUAAGUCCACGUGCUCCACGGACUCAACGGAGUCGUUGUCAAUAACUGAAACGCUUGCCACAGGCAUUGACAGUGCAGCCGCAGAAGCGUCCAGCGAAGAUGAAGAAGAGCAAGACGAACGGUUCGAAGAUGAUAAUUUGCAGGAUAACUGGAUUAGGCCCGGCGAGACGCGCAGCUGUGAGAACAGCCAAUUAGACUUGAAACCCAAGCGACACACACUUUUUGAGGAUCUGAAGGGUUUUUCACGUCGUCUGCAGAAACUGAUGCACUUGAUGCCCAGACAGUCAAUACUGCCCAAGCGUGCCCUGCUGCUUGCCACUGCUGCACUGGAGCCGUCACUGGAGCGCAAGUCAUAUUAUAGUUCACAGCCGGAGCUGCCCACGAGCAGUGCCAUGGAUUGGCCCUGUGCAAAUCUGAGUGCAUUCUCAUCCAUGCUGCAGCUGAAUCAUUUGCCCAGCUAUGAAUCCACGCUUAGCCAUUUUGUUAGCGUUAGUUGUCUAGAUGCUGCACCAUUAGUAGACUUUGAUACCCGUGCACCAUCAGCAUCACCCCCAGCAGCAGCGCCAUCAUCAAUAGCUCCGAACACGUUGCUGCCUGUUGCGCCCGUGCUGUGUAUUUGCCCCUCGACACCCACUCCAACUGAAUCCGACAAUAGCUCACAGCUAUCGCCUACACAGACGCGAGCCUUUGAAUAUUAUGAUCCUCCCGUUUUUAGACUAGAUCAUGUUGUAAAUAUUUCUAAUAGUACUAACCAUAGUAACAACAAUAAUAAAUCAUCAUUGCUUGCUCCAUGCUAUUCUGUUUCGCCAUUUGCCAUACAAAACCAACAACAACGCUCAACUAGGUCCAGCAGCGAUCUUCAGCAGCUUCAGCAGCAGCAGCAGCCCCAACAGCAGCAACAGACGCCGGCACAGGGCGUGCUCAUUCCCACAACCAUUACGACAAUCGAGAGUAAUGCGAGUGGGAAAAGGUUUGCAUCGCCGGUUAGCAGCAAUCGCAUGAAGCUAACGCCUAGUCCAUCCAAGAGCGGAAAUUCGGGCGGUGGCAAUGCAGACAGCGCAUCCACAUCCACCACCUCAACAGCCACCACAAUGGUGCAGACCAAAGAGCUGGGUGAGAUCUGUCGUCGCUCAUCCGACUCUGAUCUGAGCGUAACGCCAAAGGGCAACUCCAUUUGCGUGGCAAGCGAGCGUUUGGUUGCGGCCACGGCCAUGAUGCGCCUAACCACACCCACAGUGGGCAGCAAGGCAACGGAUAGUCUAGAUAUGCUGGAAUACCCAUUCCUAACUAUGACCAAAUAUCCAACUGGCUUCAUACUGCACCUGGGCGCAACUGUAGCGGCCAGGUCGGUGAAACUCUUAGAACGUGUGCCCAAUCCCGAUGAGCCUGAGGUACGUGACAGCUGGUGGACUGAGCUGCGCAUGGAAAUUCGCUCUCAUGCCCGUUCUUUGGGCUGUAACGUGGUGCUAGGUUACAUGGAGUCGACAACAAUAUCUGAAGAUGUGUGCGUUUUGUCUGCCACAGGCACCGCAGCAGUCAUCAACAUGGUCUUUAAACGGUCCGUUUCGCAAACGGAUAUUUUUGCCAUAUCCAAGGCAAGCAACAAUAUGGCUGCUAUGUCCAAUUCGCUGGAGGAGCGCGAGGCAAACGGCAGUGUUAGUGAGGCAGCAGCCUCUAGCAAGGACGGCAGCUCAUUGGCUACAGCUAAUGGGUCGGGUUCGGCAAGCAAGCGCUACGGCUUGCCAGCUCCCAGUGCACCACGCAAAACUUGUGCCAUCUGCCAUGUGCCAUACAACCUGAGCUCGGUGAAGAUGAAGAAGUGCGCCAUUUGCCGCAAGGGCCGGGUGCCAGAUGUCCUGCUGGCCACGCUGGAGGUUCCAGAGUUCAUACAGGUAACUGGACGCGGCUGCUUCAUGCAGGCCCAAGUCGUCCGCGCUAAGCGGGAUUUGCGUGCCGAACUGAAUGCCAAAGAUAUUUCCGAUGGAUUGCCCUUUCUGGAAUACGAGCUACACCGUGUGCUAAUUAAUAAGCUGAAGGCCAAGGGCAUGAAUGCCAUUUUUGGACUGCGCACCCAGGUGGCCAUCGGCGAGCGAAUGAUAGCGCUAAUUGCCACGGGUACAGCUCUCUUUCUGACUGCGCUCCCCGUGCCGCUGGUGCCUAAAAUUGUUGCAGGUAACUCUUGGACGGACAAGCAAAAACUCAACGAACUACAGAAAAAGCUGCACGAGACAUUUGAGCGCAACCAAGAGAUUUAUCAGUUAAAAAGCAUGGAUCCUGACAUAGUCAGCGCUAGUGGUGCCGCGGGAGAAAAGCAUUCGGAUACUGAUGAUUCGGAUGAUGAGGAAAUGAAUGAAAUCGAUUUGAACUGCGGAAACAAAGAGAUGUGUGUACUAGAAGUUGAUGAUAUUGAGGAUUUAGAAAUUAUAUCGCUGCUCAUGGAACCAUAUCCACCUGAGGGCUUUCAUGUCGUAAACACGCAACAGGUGCCAGGUAUGCUGGAGCUGGAUGGUGUUAAAAACCUUCAAAUGUUUACGCAAGUGUGGCGUGCUCGCCUCGAGGUGGGCCAAAGCGUAAAUGGAUUUCCAAAACACUUUCAACGACUUCUACAGACCAUCUAUUUUAAGCUGCGCACAAUGAUACCCUGUGCAAUAUGCGAUCUGCGUUUUAGAUUGGAUUUGCCUGAAACGGACCAAAUCCAAUUGCUUGUCACUGGCAUGGCCAUGGGUCUGAGCGAUGCCAACAAAAUGAAAUAUCGACGCCGGGGAGCUCCGGUGGCACUGCUGCAGAAUGGCUUCAAUGAUGCCGCAACGCAGCCAGUGGCCGCUGUCCAUGAAACCCAAUCGCAGCCUGAACUAAAUGGCAAGCGAAUGCUGCAAGAAGAGGAUUACAUUUUUCCGCUGGAUGAAGAUCAAAUGGUCGAUACUCCCACACCGACCAGCUCAGCAAUACCUCCAUUCGGCAUGAGUUCUUUCAAAGUGCGAAAGACUUCGCCAUCGCGAUUAAAUAAUUUAGCGACAGCUUUGCCGCCAGCCAAGCCGCUCAACACGGCACCAGCGCCGCGCAAUCGCUAUUUCCCGCUACGCGAUCGUCAUGGAGUGGACUUGACUCCACUUAGCUUCAUACCAGGUGGACGGAUUGAAAAGUAUUUGGGCAACCUGAACUUCUUCUUCAUUAGGGAGAGUACCUCCAUUCGCGAAUAUGGUGGCAUUAGCGGAUUCGUGCAUGGCUUCAUCACUGAGCUGCUGGCCGUGGUGCGCGCCCAUAUUGCUUCACUAGGAGGUAAUGCGAUGGUCUCCUUUUAUUUGACCGAACUGAUGUUAUUUGAUAAUCAGCACAAGAAUCAGGGUCAGUGCCUGAUUAGCAUCGGUGGCGAUGCUGUCUAUGUCAGCUACUAUGCCGAUGACUGAUAUACACGUUUGCGGGGUAUAUAGCGCCUGUUUUACGCCAAUCGCCCCAAAAGUCUGUACUACUAAAACUCUCUUUUGUUGUCUCUCUUUCUCUCUAUGGAUGCUAACUCCAUUUCAACUCUCUGGUUCAGCGCGAUAUGGCCUGACCUGUUGACAGGCCCAACGUAUACGAGUGCUUGUUGACUUAAAUAUGUAAUACAGAUAUAGGGUAAUCGGUACUUACUGUAACGCCUAUAUAUAUAGUUAAAAUCAAUAUGCAAUAUCGGAACUGUGACUUGACUUUCGACAUGUAGAAUGAAUUUUUCUUGUCUUGUUAUUUGUUUGCUUACUGUUUAAAGCUUAGCUACUUGCAAUUUUCGUAACCAUAGUUUGUACAUAGCCGAGAUGUUUAUUGAAUUUAAAUUUUGAUAGAUAAUUUUUUUCUUUUAUUUUUGUUGUGAGCAAACAGCUCUAAGCAAUACAUUAUACACAAAAAGUGUUAUCAAUUUUGGCAACACACUAUUGAACCACUAACUUAUGUAACAUAUAUCUUUAUAAAUAAUACUAAAUAAUAUGCAAUAUUUGAAAUUAGAA